UCCCCCUCCGCAAACAGUCGGCCACUGCCUGUGACAGCAGAAAACCUUCCCUCGUCACAUUCCCUUCCCCCACGUGAAUUUGUAGUAUUUAUACUUUACCAAAGAGGAAGUUCUGCUGGAAACGUCCUGUAAAGAGGCUCUGAUGUCCGGACAGCGGGAGGGAGAGCCCCGGCAUGAGGAGCAGAGAGAUCCAGUCAGAGGACAACACCAGAGAGAUGUCCGCGUCCUCAACUUCCACAGGAUGGUCAGACAACUGUACCGGGAGCACAGAGGAACACCUGAUACCUACAUAUUAUGAUGCAGAUGAUUCGGUUGUCGCACCAGAUACAUAUAAAAAACGUGCCAUUAUCCCAGUUGUACACUCAGACCUUCAAAUCAAAAAUCUGCCACCUGAUCCUUUAAAAAAAACUGUUAUGCAGAAUGCAAACCACAGAAGUGGUGCUGGAUCCCAAAGAGCUCAGAAAGGGAAGAAGUCUUAUUCAUGUUCAGAAUGUGGCAAAUGUUUUACUCGGAAAUCAAAUCUUGAGAGGCAUCAGAUAGUUCACACAGGGGAGAAGCCGUAUUCAUGUUCAGAAUGUGGCAAAUGUUUUGCUCAGAAAUCAAAUCUUGAGAGCCAUCAAAGACAUCACACAGGGGAGAAGCCAUAUUCAUGUUUAGAAUGUGGCAAAUGUUUUACUCUAAAAUCACAGCUUGAUAUCCAUCAAAGACAUCACACAGGGGAGAAGCUGUAUUCAUGUUCAGAAUGUGGCAAAUGUUUUCCUCAAAAAUCACAUCUUGAUAUCCAUCAAAGACAUCACACAGGGGAGAAGCCGUAUUCAUGUUCAGAAUGUGGCAAAUGUUUUACUCGAAAAUCACAUCUUGAUAUCCAUCAAAGACAUCACACAGGGGAGAAGCCAUAUUCAUGUUCAGAAUGUGGCAAAUGUUUUUCUCAGAAAUCAAGCCUUGAUAUCCAUCGAUUACAUCACACAGGGGAGAAGCCGUAUUCAUGUUCAGAAUGUGGCAAAUGUUUUCCUCUGAAAUCACAUCUUGAUAUCCAUCAAAGACAUCACACAGGGGAGAAGCCGUAUUCAUGUUCAGAAUGUGGCAAAUGUUUUUCUCAGAAAUCAAGUCUUAAGAGACAUCAAAGACAUCACACAGGGGAGAAGCCGUAUUCAUGUUCAGAAUGUGGCAAAUGUUUUACUCUGAAAUCACAUCUUGAUAUCCAUCAAAGACAUCACACAGGGGAGAAGCCGUAUUCAUGUUCAGAAUGUGGCAAAUGUUUUACUCUGAAAUCAAAUCUUGAUAUCCAUCAAAGACAUCACACAGGGGAGAAGCCAUAUUCAUGUUCAGAAUGUGGCAAAUGUUUUUCUCAGAAAUCAAGUCUUCAGAGCCAUCGAUUACAUCACACAGGGGAGAAGCCGUAUUCAUGUUCAGAAUGUGGCAAAUGUUUUACUCUGAAAUCAUAUCUUAAUAUCCACCAAAGACAUCACACAGGGGAGAAGCCAUAUUCAUGUUCAGAAUGUGGUAAACGUUUUGCUGAUAAAUCAAUUCUUCAUAACCAUCAGAGAAUUCACACAGGGGAGAAGUCGUUUUCAUGUCCAGAAUGUGGGAAAUGUUUUGCUAGGAAAAAUCAUCUUGCUGAGCAUUUAAAAAUUCACACAGGGGAGAGGCCAUUUUCCUGUCCAGAAUGUGGAAAAUGGUAUGCUCGGAAAGUAAAUCUUGUUAAUCAUCUGAAAUCUCACACAGAGGAGAAGUGA